GUGUGUGAGAGGGAGAGAGAGAGAGAGAGAGAGAGAGAGAGAGAGAGAGAGGGAGAGAGAGAGAGAGCGGGACCACAGAGAGGAGAAACGCGAGAAAAAGAAGAGAGGAAAAACGCGGAGCCGCGUCGCAAAUGGCACUCAUGGCAGGGAUUCUGUUCACGGUCACCUUUCUGAUUUCUGCGCUCGGUUCCUCCGCUCGGAUUUAUCCUCCAAAUGAAGUCACGUUACUGGACUCCAGGGCUGUUCAGGGGGAGCUGGGAUGGGUGGCCAGCCCGACAGAAGGAGGGUGGGAGGAAGUGAGCAUUAUGGAUGAAAAGAACAUCCCCAUCCGUACGUACCAGGUGUGCAAUGUCAUGGAGCCAAAUCAGAACAACUGGCUUCGUACUGACUGGAUCCCCCGUGGAGGUGCCCAGCGCGUCUACAUCGAGAUCAAAUUCACCCUGCGGGACUGCAACAGCCUGCCAGGGGUCAUGGGAACCUGCAAGGAAACCUUCAACCUUUACUACUACGAGUCCAACAAUGACAAAGAGCGCUACAUCCGCGAGAACCAGUUCAGCAAGAUAGACACCAUCGCUGCUGACGAGAGCUUCACUCAGGUGGAUAUCGGGGACCGCAUCAUGAAGCUGAACACGGAGGUUCGGGACGUGGGCGCCCUGACAAGGAAGGGUUUUUAUCUGGCGUUCCAGGAUGUCGGAGCGUGCAUCGCUCUCGUUUCCGUCCGGGUUUUCUACAAGAAAUGCCCUUUAUCCGUGCGGAACUUGGCCCAGUUUCCUGAUACCAUCACUGGUGCCGAUACUUCCUCGCUGGUGGAAGUUCGUGGCUCGUGUGUGGAUAAUUCAGAGGAGAGGGAUGAUCCUAAGAUGUAUUGCGGAGCUGAUGGAGAGUGGUUGGUGCCCAUUGGAAUCUGCCUGUGCAACCCUGGAUAUGAGGAGCGCAAUUCAGAAUGCCAAGCCUGCAAGAGCGGCUACUACCGUGCUCUGGCCACAGACGGCGCCUGCUCCAAGUGUCCACUCCACAGCUACUCAGUACGGGAGGGAUCCACCUCCUGCGUCUGCGACAAGGGCUUCUUCCGUUCCGAAACAGACCCGGCAUCCAUGCCCUGCACACGUCCUCCGUCUGCACCCGUCCGCCUCAUCUCCAAUGUGAACGAGACUUCUGUGAACCUGGAGUGGAGCCCCCCUCUGAGCUCCGGGGGCCGCCAGGACCUCACCUACAAUGUGGUGUGUAAGAGCUGCGGCUCUGACGGCCGCCGCUGCCAGCCCUGCGGAAACGGCGUCCACUUCAGCCCCCAGCAGCUGAGCCUGAAGGGGACCAGGGUGUCCAUCAACGAGCUGAAGGCUCAUACCAACUACACCUUUGAGGUGUGGGCGGUGAACGGCGUGUCGCCUCAGAGCCCGGGGCCGGAGCAGGCCGCGUCGGUGACCGUCACCACCAACCAGGCCGCUCCUUCUCCAGUGACCUCCAUCCAGGCAAAGGACAUCACCAGACACACCAUCUCGCUGGCCUGGCAGCCACCAGAGCGCUCCAACGGCGUCAUCCUGGAGUAUGAGGUCAAGUAUUACGAGAAGGACCAGAACGAGAGGAGCUAUCGCAUCAUAAAGACGUCGUCCAGAAGCACGGACAUCAAGAGCCUGACCCCUCUCACCUCCUACGUGUUCCACGUGCGUGCUCGCACCGCCGCCGGCUACGGCGAAUUCAGCGGGCCCUUUGAGUUCAUGACGAACUCCGUGCCGGCCCCCAUCAUAGGCGACGGGGCCAACUCCACCGUGCUGCUGGUGUCGGUGGUGGGCAGCGUGGUCCUCCUCAUCAUCCUCAUCAGUGCUUUCGUCAUCAGCCGCAGAAGGAGUAAAUACAGCAAAGCUAAGCAGGACUCUGAUGAAGAGAAGCACUUACAUCAAGGAGUCAGGAUUUACGUCGACCCGUUUACCUACGAGGACCCGAAUCAAGCCGUCCGCGAGUUCGCCAAAGAGAUAGACGCUGCCUGUAUCAAGAUCGAGAAAGUUAUCGGCAUUGGAGAGUUCGGCGAGGUCUGCAGCGGCCGCCUGAAGAUGCCCGGCAAGAGGGAAAUCUGCGUGGCCAUAAAGACGCUGAAGGCCGGCUACACGGACAAGCAGAGGAGGGACUUCCUGUCUGAGGCCAGCAUCAUGGGCCAGUUUGACCACCCCAACAUCAUUCACCUGGAGGGCGUGGUCACCAAAUGUACGUUCAGUAAGCCGGUGAUGAUUAUCACGGAGUACAUGGAGAACGGAUCGCUGGAUGCAUUCCUGAGGAAGAAUGACGGUCGCUUCACCGUCAUCCAGCUGGUUGGUAUCCUGCGUGGCAUUGCAUCAGGCAUGAAGUACCUCUCCGACAUGAGCUACGUUCACCGUGACUUAGCCGCUCGCAACAUCCUGGUAAACAGCAACCUGGUGUGCAAGGUGUCUGACUUCGGCAUGUCUCGAGUGCUAGAGGACGACCCGGAGGCUGCGUACACCACCAGGGGAGGCAAGAUCCCCAUUCGCUGGACGGCCCCAGAGGCCAUAGCGUACAGGAAGUUCACCUCAGCCAGUGACGUGUGGAGCUACGGCGUGGUCAUGUGGGAGGUGAUGUCGUACGGGGAGCGACCUUACUGGGACAUGAGCAACCAAGACGUGAUCAAGGCUAUUGAUGAAGGCUACAGGCUGCCUCCGCCCAUGGACUGCCCCGUGGCUCUCCACCAGCUCAUGCUGGACUGCUGGCAGCGAGAGAGAGCCGACCGGCCCAAGUUCGGGCAGAUCGUAAACAUGCUGGACAAGCUGAUCCGCAACCCCAACACCCUGAAGAGGACAGGGGGUGAGGCCGCUGCCAGGCCAAACACCACCCUACUGGAGCCAGGGAGCCCUGAGGCGUCCUCCGCAUUGGGCACAGUGGAGGACUGGCUACUGGCCAUUGGCAUGGAGCGAUACGGCGACAACUUCACCGCCGCCGGCUACACCACCCCGGAAGCUGUGGUUCAUAUGACACAGGAGGACAUGGCGCGCAUCGGCAUCUCCUCUGCUGCACAUCAGAACAAGAUCCUGACCAGCGUCCAGACUAUGCUGUCCCAAAUGCAACACAUCCAAGGCAGAAUGGUUCCUGUCUGAGAGGCGCUAACAAAGGAAUCAAAGACACUUUUUUUCCUACAAAAGAACGAAUACGUAAUAAAAAAGAAUAAAUAUAUAAAAAAAAAAAAACUGGCAAAUAAACUAUGAAGAAGUAGUUUACCUCACCAACGCACUUUAAAUUGGAUUUAAAAAGUAAAGAAGACCUUGAUGAAGAAAAAGGGGCUUCUACGUUUUUUCAAAAACCCGACCUUUACUUUGCUCUCUUUGUUGUUUUGGAGAACGGAAAAACUUUUAGGAUUUACGGGGAGGGGGGCGCAGCUGAAAACGUGCUUCCGAGAGGCUGAUCUGGAGUGCCUUUAGGUCUGAGAAGAUGGAGGGAGGCGGCGGGAUGUCACUUCCUCCUCUCUCUCUGGAACAAUCCGAGGAGCAAACUUUCUGAAUUUCCUGACUGUGUUUAUUGUAAAUGACUUGUUUGUGCGGGACCGGCGCCCCCCCCCCCCAGGCCGCCGUCGCUCUGGUUUUUCUCUCUCGGCCGGAUCUGUUCCAUCUGAUCUCAGAAAGCGGUGGAUUCUACCUGCCAACAUCUCAGAGGUUGAGGACUGCAUGGUUUUUAUUUUGUUUGUUUCUCUCCGGCCUCCUUUUUUCUCCCAGAAUGCACCAUUUUCUGUCCCUCGGGGGCGUCAAAGAGAACGUCUUUGAUCUUCCCUAACCCCUGUCUUCCCCAAAAAACACCAAGCCCUCCUUCCUACACCUCAGAUAAACACACUUUGGAUUCUUCCAUCCGGGUUUCAGGCCCUCAGGAGCCGCGGACUCUUUGCUCGUUAUGAAUCGUUCAAUAAACCAGAAACAGACGAUGAAAUCUACGGAGAAUGUGGAGAGAAACGGAAUCAUCGGCAACCAGAAAACAACGGAGGGUUUCCUGGAGCUGUCGUCUAGACGCUGCCGUCCAUCUAAAAAAACAACCCGGGGGGGGAACGGCCCGGCUUCCCGCUCUUCCUCUCCGUCCUCCUGCUUCCUCAUCAUCCUGCUUCCGCCUCACCUCUCCGCCGCGGAGGACGACUCCGUCAGCCGCGUCCGAGUCGGCCGCCCCGACGCCAAAGUAGCCGCCCCCGAUGGAGCUCAAAUGAAUGAAAUAAAACAGUUUUUUUUUUUUUUAAGAGGCAAGAAGAAGAAUGUAAGAAAACCUAGAUUACAGACUGAAACCUUUUUCUUCCGUUGAUCUCUUUGCAUGUGACGCGACGAAGGUUUGAUGUGAGAAUGGGAGCGGCGUGCGCGUGCGUCUGUCUUCUCCGAUUGUAAAAGUCUUCUCUGUUAUUGUGUUUGUUGUUUUCAUGCCACCGUGGAGAAAGGAGCGCGAUUAAAGAGUUGUAUAGUUUUUGAUAUGAAAAAGGGAAAAGAAAAACUGGACUAUAGUUGUUUUUUUUUGUGGCUCACUUCCAGCAGCGUUUAUUGAACGCACCCCCUUUGGUGCGGCCCAGAGGGACGCGACCGGGGGAAAAAAAUGUCUCCGGGAAAUUCAGUUGGAAUUUGGAAUAUCGUGGAUUGUGGAGGAAACGCACAGAAGUGACGCACCUGGACUGAAACAAAAGGAGGGGGUCUAAAAAUUAUUUGUUGUUUAAUUUUCCAGAGUUCAUCUUCCAGCUACAGGUUGAACACAACGGACUUUCAUCCUUUUCUUCCUUUUGUUUAUAAAGUGUAAUUAUGUCAAAUGUUCCUGAGAGACGCUUCAUGUACACUAAUACGACACCUCCAUCCUUAAUACCGCUCUGCAAUCCUUUCUCUCUAGUUUUCCUUUGGCGGGGGGAUUUGUUGAAAACGGACCUGUUUGGAUAUAUGCAAGACAUGCUUGGAAGGAGAAGGAAACCAGAAUGUACUGUAAAAUACUUUUUUCCUUUACUCAAAUGUCAAAUAAGUAAAAAAAAAAGAGAAAAAAAAUGAAAAUAAGGGUUAAAGUUUGUCGUUGUAUGCCUUCCGAUGCCAUAAUGAUCUAGUCAUGUAGAUCUAACAUCCUCUUGAUCCUUUUUGUAUUUUUUUUUUUCCCUUUUCUUCAGAAAUUAUUUGUUUUCUUUGAUUUUGUUUUGGUCAAGGAGUUAUAGGUACAUGUAACUUAUGUCAUUUAUUUAUGUCCUUUUAUAUCUAGUUUGUAAAAUAAUAGCCUAAAGUGAAGUAAAUAAAAAAGGGUGCAAAGGUGCAUUCUUAUUAAAGUA